ACGGUUCAACCUGCAUGACACAUCUUAAUAACUACCAAUCCCAAAUGGCAUGGUCUGAUGCAUCAACAUGCAACUAAAAACUAUCAACCUUAAAAUUCUAUGUGUUUUCCAUUAGAAAUGCAAUUUUCUUGUUCUACCUAUCGAAACACCACUAGUCGAUUAGCCCUGAGCGCGAGGAAUCACCACGCCAUACAUAAAAGAGCGCGCACCUUUCGACCCUGUGCAAACAUUUGUUAACAUUUGUUGACGGUCGAUGCUAGUAGCUAGCAGCCAGCGGCGAAACGUGAAACGGUUCUCUUCUGGUCGCGCUUCACUAAUCAGAGUGAAGAACUUUUCGCGCUUCGGAAGUAUGAAAUUGCUCCAUACUUGCGCGAAAGAAUCGUCGGUGCACGGUUUGCCGCAUCUGGUUGCGAAAGACCGCCAUUGGCUAGAGAGACUUCUGUGGGCGGUGAUACUCGUUUGUUCGGUUUACGGGUCCUAUGCAAUUUGUUUGAUCACCUGGACCAGGUACCAGCAGAACCCGACCGUGCUGACACUGCAAACCGAUUGGCGCCAAUGGAUCUACCGACCGCCGGCCAUUACCUUUUGUCCAAUGUAUUUCGAUGUGCAACGUUCGAAGGAUAUGAUUCAGAGAUUGUGGAACAUUUCCGAGCAACAUGAAAAGUUUCCCUUUUACUAUCGGUUUUUGGAGACGGUUGCUAAUGCAACUACAGACAAUUUAGCUACGUUCGAACCAUUCGCGGCGGAUGAUAGUUUGGCGAAUGUCGACAUGCUGGAAGUUGCCUGGAACGUGCGACACUUGAAUUUUACAUCAUCCAUCUUUCGUCCUGUUAUAACGGAAAAUGGAAUCUGCCUAAGCUCGUCCAAUUUGUCCUACUUGCAGUCUGUAAGCAAUACUAUAAAGUACAACAACAGAAAAUUGCCCCAGAGUUGCUAUUCAUUCGACCUAUGUAAAUCUACGGUAAUCGUCAGCAAAUACAACAUGGUCGAUGUACAUGUGUUCGUAAAUACGGAAGACGAAAUUGCGUCUGCCACGGAUGCAAUCCGCACCGUGAUGCAACCUACCAAACUAGCGGAAAUAAUCAUCUUUGUUGAGCAAAUUGUGGCCUCUCCGAAUCUGAAACACUUAUCUCCCGCUCGCCGUAAAUGCGUAUAUCGACAUGAAUCAUCGUCCAUCUUUAAGAUUCAUACGCCAAAUUUAUGCAAGAUUGACUGUCGCAUCCAAAACGCAUUGAAAAUGUGUGGCUGUAUUCCGUUUUUCUACAGCAUCCCCAAUAUCUCGAAAUGUAACGUGGAAGGAAUGUUAUGUUUAUACAAUCAUAAACAGGAAUGGUAUCACAGUGCUUGUCACUGCAUGGAACAGUGCGAGUCGACGAAAUUUACAAUGAAAUCAGCUAAAGUAACGGCUUUUCCCCAGGCUAGUCGACACAUAUCGGUUGAGAUGGUAUUUCCCAAGCGGCGCAUCAAAAGAAGUGUCCUGUUCAGUUUAAGUGACCUCGUGGUAUCUUUCGGUGGCGCCGCUGCUCUCUUUCUCGGAUGCAGUUUUCUUAGCGCGGUCGAGUUCAUCUAUUUCUUUCUGGAGUAUGCAGGCAUGGCCCUUGGUGGUGCCAUUGGGAAGUUGAUGAAUCGCGAAAAUUGAAUGUAAGAUUAAAAUCUUUGAAUAUAUUAACAUUUUUGAGAAUAAUUUUGCUUUAUCAAAGCCGUGCGCACUGAGAAUGUUUCUGGGUGCCAUUUUCCAUCCAGAGGAAAAAGAAAUAAACGCUUUUAAUGAAAAGUUCGUACGCACAAUUCAACAUUAUAGAAUAACAGCGCUUAGUGAUAAUACUUUUGAUAACACAGUGUUAGCUUUGACCGAAAUUUAUAUAGUUUUUCGGGACGCUAGGAGUUAGAAAGCUCUCCCCAGAGAAAGUUAACAAAAGUUUAGGUUUGCUAAAGGAGAUAUUUUUUUAAAGUUCAGAUUAGCAGUGCGUAUACAAUCGAAGAUAUCUUGAGCUUAAAAAUGGGAGCAAAAGGUAAAAAUAAAAAAUACCAACAAAUUGGACCAAUAAACUUUGUACAGUGAGCAGACUAGAAAAUAACAAAAUAAAACACGUCCGGGGAUAGAAAUAGAAUGAAAGUGCGAUUUAGUAUGAGCUGUAAACAAAUCAUGAGGAUAAAAACAAAUAGAAACUGCUUGCCGUGUCAAAUGAAUGUUGUGUGAACAAAACGAUUAUAAAUUACAAAAUAUGCGUCUAUGUAAAAAAUAUUUCAAUAACACAAAAAUUUAAAAAAAUAAAAUAGGCUCGGAAGGUUUUCGCCAAAAAGCCACAGAAUGAAUUGGGGUUAAUGAAGCUAAGUUUCAAAAUAUCAAAAACUGUUAACGGGGCUUCAAGCCACAAAUAUGAAAAUUUAUUAAAUGCUGGAGUAAAAAAAAAAUAGAAACCUUCAAAUAUAAUGUGUAGUUUGUGCAGAAACUGCGAACCUGUCAAUGGUGAAGAAAUUUAACUAGAAUCUAUUCAAGCCUUGCAUAAUGAAUCUAAAGCCAAUAGUGUAAAAUUUGACGAGAAAAAUAACGAAAAAGUAUAAUGGUCAGAUACUUUUUUGCUUAUUCUGCAGAUAUGAAAUUUUAUUCGAAUCAGACAAACGCUCACGUAGCGUUUGUGUAGUGCAAAUUUACGCAACUCGGGAAUUCGGAUCCUUCUUCAAGCCACCAAGGCCACCUUGCUUUCUCUUGCAUAUAUUAUUUAUCUUGAUUUAUAGGUAAAUUACUGUGACCUAGAUGAUAAUGAUAAUAACGACUAUAAUCACUUUGUAAAUUUAAAAAUAUAGAUAAAUA